GUCGAACAGAUGAGGAUUCAUGACUCGGGCUGCACGACCAUGGACCUGAGAUUUGCCGACGGCGAGCUUAUCGUCGUCUCGGAGGCCCCGCGGGGAAGCUGCCCGGGCACCGCGGGCGUGCAGGUGGUGGACUUCAGCAGGCGGGAGGUCCGGCAGCGCAUCGACGUGUCGGACUCCACCAUCAAUUGCUGCGACGUCGCCCGCGGCCAGGUGUGCAUGGGCAGCAGCGACUCCAAGGUGCGCCUUCUGAGAAGGGCCGGGUCGCUCCACGGGUGCGGCGGCGAGGGCAGCGGGGCCGACGCAGGCUACAGGGAGGUCUGCGCGUACGAGUGCCCAAGUGAGGUCAACGACCUCCGCAUGACGUUCGAGGAUGCAGUCGUCACGGUCCGGACGUACCGGGACCGUCACCCCGCGGGCGUGGACAUCCUGCCGCUGGAACGGCCGAGUGCAUUGGUGUCGUUUCCAGGCGGCAGCGGAGCCAUGAUGGGCAAGUACAUCCACGCGCUGGAUGGCUUCGAGGAGGGGUGCUCCCUGAGCAGCGUGGUGUGCACCGGGGAAGACCCCUCGACCAGCGCCUCCUCCGUGAUGCUGUUCGACUUCAGGAGACAGUCGCCCUGCGUGGUGGACAUGCAGGUGGCAGCUGUCGGCCAGCCCCCGACCUCCAUGCUCUGGCCGCUGCGAGCGGGGCCCUCGCCCCUGGUCUACGCCGCCGUGGAACUCGAAGGUCUUGGCAGCAAGAUCGUCAUGGUGGACUUCCGAUAUCCGACCAUUGGCUCAGGCAUGGAGUUCUGCUUUCCGGGGAAGGUGGACGACUUCCGCUGCUUCGGCGGCAGCUUGUACGUCGCCUGCGCAGCUCCAGCGGCACAGCAGACGCAGGUGAGCGUAUUCAGGUGCAGCCCUGGCAACCCGCAAGAGAUCGAGCUGCUGUCGUCCUCGAUGGUGGGCGCAGGGUCGUCGACAUCCUCUCUCCAAAGCCCCCACGAGGACUUGAGAGUGCUGACCGUGAGCCAGGGGGGCUUCGCCUUCUCUUGUGGCGAGCACCUCCUCCUCGGGAGCGUGGUCGAGGCGUGGCGUCCAGGACGCCUCCCCCCGACCAGCGCUGGGCUGCCCCCGGCGCCCCUGCCGCUCUGA